AUGAAUAACUUAAGCUCCAAAUUAUUUGAAGCUUAUCCAACAUCAGGUUAUCAAAUCUAUCGUGAAUCUUAUCUUUUAUGGUUGGUUGUGAGUUAUUCUCGACGUCAACUAAUCUUGACAGCCCUUAUAGGAGCUCUUGUUCUUCCCUCGAAGGCUCAAGACAGCCCACAAGACUAUGUAAGGGCUCACAACAUUGCACGAGCGGAGGUGGGCGUAGCCUUCAUACAGUGGGACAAUAGGGUUGCAGCUUUCGCUCAGAGCUACGUUGGCCGGCUAACUAGUGGCCCAUGCAAUCUCAUACACUCCGGUGGGCCUUACGGGGAAAACUUGGCCAAGAGUAACCGCGACUUAUCAGGGGUCGAUGCCGUUAGGCUUUGGGUUAACGAGAAGGCUAACUACAACUACGCUUCGAACACUUGCAACGGAGUUUGCGGUCACUAUAUGCAGGUUGUUUGGAGAACUUCGGUGAGGCUUGGAUGUGCCAAAGCGAGGUGUAACAAUGGUGAAACCGUCAUCUCUUGCAACUAUGAUCCUCAGGGCAACUGUGUAAACGAGAGGCCUUACUAAAAGUUAUUAUGCAUACAGACAUAAGCACAUAUGCAUAUAGGACGAGUAUACAUAUUAUUUGGAGCACAAUAUGCAGGAUGUGUAUAACUAAUUAUGAAAUAAUAGUAUUUCCGUCGUCUUGUCCACUAUACGUCUAUACAUAUAAAGACCCUACCUAAAGAUAAACUAUGUAGUCCAUUUGUAACCAACGUUCCCAGAUGAUUUUGUUUUUACUGGAAAAUUUAUAAUGGGUUUUCUAGAA